AUGGGGGAAGCACCCUCAACUACCAACGCCGGCAAUGGUGCUGCUCUACCCUUUGCCGUCCACGUCAUCCGGGGACGGUGGUUCUCGCUUUUCGCUUCUUUCCUUGUCAUGACCGGAGCCGGAGCCACUUACCUCUUCGGCGUCUACUCCAAAGACAUCAAAUCCGCCCUUGGCUACGACCAGACCACGCUCAACCUCCUCGGCUUCUUCAAGGACCUUGGUGCCAAUGUCGGUGUUUUCUCCGGUCUUGUUGCUGAGGUUACUCCGACAUGGUUCGUCCUCUUGCUCGGCUCCGUCUUGAAUUUCGGUGGUUACUUCAUGAUCUGGAUGGCCGUCACCAACCGAAUCUCGAAACCUAAAAUUUGGCAGAUGUGUCUCUACAUUUGCAUCGGAGCGAAUUCACAGAAUUUCGCCAACACCGGAGCACUGGUGACGUCGGUCUCUAAUUUUCCUGAAAGCAGGGGAGCUGUGCUUGGAUUAUUGAAAGGUUUCACCGGAUUAAGUGGAGCCAUCAUGACUCAAAUCUACUUAGCUGUUUACGGCAACGAUUCAAAAUCGUUGAUCUUACUAAUCGCGUGGCUUCCGGCCGCGAUUUCGGUGGUGUUUGUGUACACGAUCCGGAAGAUGGACCUGGUGAGACAACCAAAUGAGCUUCGGAUCUUCUACCAUUUCUUAUACGUCUCGAUUUUUCUGGCCUUGUUCAUCAUGGGGAUGACGAUUGCUCAGAAUCUAGUGACGUUUUCACAAAGGGCUUUUGCUGGAAGUGCUUCUGUGGUAAUUUUCGUACUCUUCGUUCCUCUUUUUAUAGCAAUUAAACAGGAAUUAAUCCUCUGGAAGCAAAACAAACAACCACCAAUCAUUGUUCCUGAGGUUAAAAUUGAGAAUAUGAAUCAUGAAGAUGAAUCUCCGAACCCUUCAUCAUUGGAAACAGAAUCUCCAAAAGCACAAUCAAAAGCGAAAACAUCUUGUUUUGCAAAUGUGUUCUUGAAUAAGCCUGAAAGAGGAGAAGAUUACAACAUCUUACAAGCACUUUUAAGCACAGAUAUGUUGAUUCUCUUUGUUGCAACUUUUUGUGGGCUUGGAACAAGCUUGACUGCAGUUGACAAUUUGGGUCAAAUUGGUGAAUCUUUGGGUUACCCUCUAAAGACCGUGAAAUCAUUUGUUUCACUUCUAAGCAUCUGGAACUACUUUGGACGGAUCUUCGCCGGAUUCGUGUCCGAAAUCUUGCUGGUGAAGUACAAAUUCCCAAGGCCACUAAUGUUCACACUUGUACUUUUCCUCUCGUGUGUCGGCCUCCUUUUGAUCGCGUUUCCGAUACCCGGAUCCGUCUACGUGGCCUCCAUCAUCAUUGGAUUCUCAUUUGGGGCACAGCUGCCGUUGAUCUUUGCGAUCAUCUCAGAGCUUUUCGGGUUGAAAUACUACUCAACAUUGUUCAAUUGUGGACAAUUGGGAAGCCCAUUGGGGUCUUACAUCUUAAACGUAAGGGUUACAGGACCUUUGUACGAUCGAGAAGCAUUGAAGGAGCUUGCAAAGAAAGGGUUAGAUAGGACAGCAGUGAAGGAGUUGGUAUGCAUGGGGAGCCAUUGUUAUAGGCUUUCUUUCAUCAUUUUGGCCUGCGUUUGUUGCUUUGGUGCUUUUGCUUCAUUACUGUUGGUGAUUAGAACUAGAGAGUUUUACAAUGGGGAUAUCUAUAAGAAGUUUAGAGACCAAGCUCAAGUGACUCGAACUCGAUCCGAACCCCAGUAACCAAAAACCCAUCUCAUACUCGCAAGAAAACAUCAUGUUUUUGCUUUAAUUUGGUCUAGAAAGAAAUGAUGGCAAUUCUAGAAAGAAAGAAAAGAAGAAAGAGAGAUAAGGGUGAAGAAAAUGGGAUUAAGCUAUUUGGUUGGAAAGCUUAAUCCGUGAAGCACCUACCAGAUGGCAUUGUUGCACUAGGGUCGGUUGUGCAAGCAUGCGUUGAUGGUGGGUGAGGGUGGCUUUAUUUGGGUCAACCAUCCAUCAAGUCUUUUUCUUAUUUUUUUUAUUUUUAUUUCCGACAUGUCGUUUUUUUAGGAAUGUGUUGUAUUAUUGUAUAUAU